AUGAGAAAAAUCACUACUACUGCAAUUCUCAGUCUUAUUGCAACUACCUCUACUAUAUAAGCUUAAGGCUGCUGGAAACAUGCUUAUGGAAGAGGAGCUGGAAAAGUCAUUACAGAUUGUCACGAUAAUGAGGAUAAAAAUGGAGCUCUGUGCUAUCCAAAAUGCAGAGAUGGUUAUCAUGGUGUAGGACCCGUCUGCUGGGGAAGAUGUCCUGGUGGUUAUACAGAUACUGGAGUUGAUUGCCUAAAGCCAAAGUCUUACGGAAGAGGAGCUGGUUACCCUCUAUGGGACCAUAAAAAAUGCAAUCAUCAUCACUCUUAGGGUUGUGAAAAAUGGGGAGCAAUUUGGUAUCCCAAAUGCAAUGAUGGUUUCCAUAAUGCUGCAUGCUGUAUCUGCUCUCCAAAUUGCCCUCACGGAUUUACUGACAUUGGAGUCUCCUGUCAGAAACCAACUUAUGGAAGAACUGCAGGAAAACCACUUCAUUGUUCCCAAGGGCUUGAAAUGUCAGGUGCUCUUUGCUAUCCACCAUGUAAAGCUGGUUAUCAUGGGAAUGGUCCUCUAUGUUGGCAAGCUUGCCCACCAGGUUGGCACAAUUGUGGUGCAAUGUGUACACCUACUUCUGAUGCUUGCACCUCAUCAGUAUUAAAUAUUGUUUAGAAUGUUAUUGAAACUGGAGCUGAAGUAGCAAUCGGUGCUUUUACAGGUGAAGCUGAUCUUCCAGCAAUCAUCAAUGGAGCAGGAAGUACAGCCUAAUCUUUGACUCAGGCAAGAUGUCCAAAACCUUAAAAUCUUUACAUUUAAGUAUAGACUCCAGCUUAUCCUGAGUUUUUAAAUGUUCAAUCUCCUUUCUAUAGUGACUACUUUAGACCAUAAUAUGGUAUAUAUUUUGAAGGCUUUCCUUUGGUACAACAGUUCUUUAGUGAUGAUGAUUUCAAUUUUUUGACUGAUGUUUAAAGUAGUAGCAAGGGUAACGCCAAUAUCUACGACGGAUCGGAUGAAUUUACUCCAUUUGUGAGUCAAGAAUACCACCCAAUUUACUAUCCAACAAACGAAUUUAGAGAUGGUUAUUUUGAUUACUGA